AAUACGCUCAGCUAAAUCCAUAAGUUGAACAAAAACAAUACAGAAUCAGUAGAAACAAAUCCACGCCGGAAUGGCCGCAAGGAUGGUUCUGUCGCCCGCACGCCGGCUGGCGAGUUUGGUCGGCCCUCGUUCCAUUAGCACACAAGUUCUGGCCUCCCAGUGGGCCACCAUCAAGGACGAAAUUACACACACUGGCCAGUACUACGAGGUGGAUGACUACCGAAAUGCACGUUUCGUGAACGCCACCAAGGUGGUGAACCCCAGCUGGGCCAUCAAGCUGAUUGACGAAACACCGAUCGUGAAGUGUGAGGAACGCGUUGUAUGCUGCGACGGCGGAACCGAUCCUGCCCUAGGUCAUCCCAAAGUGUACAUCAAUUUGGAUAAACCCGGUGCUCAUUCCUGCGGAUAUUGUGGCCUGCGGUUUGAGAAGGUUGACCAUCAUCAUCACUAAAAAGCGAGACGAUUGGAUGGUAUUGAAAGCGUGUGAAACCCUGCUUCGUUGAACAUAUAGUCAAUAAACGGAGGAAAUAAUAAAUGCCCUUCAAAACAUAUC